AUGGCGCUCAAAACUCUAGCGCCACAAAAAGCGGCAGAUCUGGACAAGGAGCUCAUGAGCGAGGAAGGAGGGUUCAGCAUUGAUCAAUUGAUGGAACUGGCUGGGUUGAGCGUCUCACAGGCAGUGUACAAAGUCCACCCACCCUCCAAAGGAAAGAAUAUCCUCAUUGCCUGUGGACCUGGGAACAACGGAGGGGACGGUCUCGUCUGCGCCCGCCACUUGCACCACUACGGCUACAACCCAGAAAUCUACUACCCGAAGCCGACCAACGCACCCAUCUUCACGGGCCUCCAAAGGCAACUCCGCCACUUGCACAUCCCGUUCCUGACCACGAUUGAGGAGUAUCAGUCCUCGCUGGGAAAGGCCGAUCUGAUCAUCGAUUCCCUGUUCGGGUUCUCGUUCAAACCCCCCGUUCGCGCACCCUUCGACACUGUGCUCAAGGCCAUGAUCGAGUCCAAGAAACCCGUCUUGAGCGUCGACAUACCUUCGUCGUGGGACGUGGCCGCCGGCCCGCCGGAAGAAGGCCAGCUCGGACACGACUUCAUGCCCGACUACCUGAUCAGUCUCACGGCCGCGAAACCAUGCGUCAAGUUCUUCAAGGGCAAGAAGCAUUUCAUGGGCGGCCGCUUCUUGAGCAAGGAUGUCGCUGCCAAAUACGGCCUCGAUGUCCCGAACUACCAAGGUAUCGAUCAGGUCGCCGAAGUGGACGUGGGUACGCCGGUGGAGAAGCUGUAA